AGCUUCUACUUCUAUUCUCCAUCUUUUACUCCAUUUUUCUACUCUUUCCUUCCCCUCCUUCAAUUCCCCUAGCCCGGCCUGUUGCCGCCUGUCUUCACCAUCGGAAACCCGCCAGCCCGCCCGUAUUACACAGUCCAGCCAGUUAUCGUCUUCAAAGUUCAACCAAAAAUGAACCCACCACUCAGCACUCAAGUAUAGAAGAGAAGGAGGAAGUUUCCGCUAGAACUCACAUGUACAUUGAGACAAGGUUUCCAUUUACCUAGACUGCUUGAAUGAAUUUAGCCACUUUCUUGCGCACACCACCACCAGCGCCUGCGCUUCCUGCUUCCAACCAUGCCGUAUCUAUCACUAGUUACAGAAAUGAAAAUUUUGCAAUAUGGGGCCAAAAUUUGAAUUUUUUCAUCAAAACAAAGCAAGGUGGAAGUUUGCCAAUUCUCAAGAAUUGCUCAAUUCAGAUACCUUCGGGUCAAUUAUGGAUGCUUCUUGGACCUAAUGGCUGUGGCAAAUCUACCCUUCUCAAGAUAUUGGCUGGUCUCUUGAAACCAGCUGAUGGGAGUCUUUAUGUUCAGAAACCUAAAAGCUUUGUCUUUCAGAACCCAGAUCAUCAGGUAGUCAUGCCUACGGUAGAAGCUGAUGUUGCAUUUGGUCUUGGUAAGUUUGAUCUGACUUACGAUGAAGUCAAAUCGAGGGUUGCAAAAGCUUUAGAUGAUGUAGGCAUGUCUGACUAUUCACAAAGGCAAGUCCAAACUCUCAGCGGUGGUCAGAAGCAGAGGGUUGCAAUCGCUGGUGCAUUAGCUGAAGCAUGCAAAGUGCUGUUGCUGGACGAGCUCACGACUUUUCUAGACGAAAGCGAUCAGAUCGGAGUAAUCAAAGCGGUGAAGAAUUCUUUGACGAGUUCUGGAGAUGUAACGGCAUUGUGGGUAACCCAUCGAUUGGAAGAACUCGAAUAUGCAGAUGGUGCAAUCUAUAUGGAAGAUGGGAGAGUGGUGAAGAAUGGUGAUCCAUCAACCAUCUUGAAUUUCAUUAAUAGACAACAAGCCUUGUACAUUAAUCAGAUUAAUUUAUGAUGUAUUUCUUGCCUCUUUUUAACACUAAUUCAUCAAUUAUUAGAGUUCAUCAAAACUAUUUUCAUAUCAUUGUAACAAUUUUAUGUUCAAAUACAAGAUUAUCUUGUCUAGGGAUGAUAUAUUAUAAAAUUUUACGGGUUUUAUA